CACUGACGGGCACUGAUAGGCAGCACUGACGGGCACUGAUAGGCAGCACUGACGGGCACUGACGGGCUGAUAGGCAGCACUGACAGGCACUGAUAGGCUGCACUGACUGGCACUGAUAAGUGGCACUGAUAGGUGACACUGAAAGGCAGCUCAGAUGGGCACUGAAAAAUGUGGCAUUGAUGUGGCACUGAUGGACACUGACAGGUGGCACAGCUGGGGCUACACUGAUCAUCAGGGCACACUGAUCAUCACUGUCAGCGUGACAGCUCGUGAGGAGAGAAAUGCCGAUAACCGGCAUUUCCCUAUUUACAUGUGAUCAGCUGUGAUUGGA